AAUUUUCAUACACUAUCCAUACUGCAAUUAACUCGUUCGAAUCCGAAAGAAAAUAAUGGCUGAUGAUAAAAGAAUCGUUGUUAUCGGAGUUGAUGGAAGUGUUCGUUCAGAGCACGCUUUUGAUUGGUAUGCUGAACAUUUGCACAAAAAAAAGAACUACGUAAUUGUCAUCCAUUCCGUUGAAGUGCAUAAUGUCCAUCCUUAUCCGUCAGUUUUUGUUUCGCCGGAAGUUAUGCAAGCUGAAUUCGAAAAGGAAAAGUCCAAGUCAAAGAAGCUGGAAGAGUACUACACCGAGAGACUUAAGCAAAGGAACAUUGAAGGUGAAUUUGUAAUAAAAAAUGGUAAACCUGGAGAAGCGAUUGUAGCAUUAGCUAAUGAUAUGAAAACCGAAAUGAUCGUUGUUGGAACAAGAGGUCACGGAAAACUAAGGAGAACAAUACUUGGUUCAGUAAGUGAUUAUAUCGUUCAUCAUGCUCAUUGCGCAGUUAUAACUGUCAGACCGGAUGUUCCUCUUUAA